AGCUCUUCUCGCUCCAGCAUGGGCAGCCUCUACCCCGAUGUCGAGAGCGGCCUGAAGCGCUCUCCUGGGUCAAGCGAACGCGACGCCGAUGUAUUUGGACAAGCGAAGCGAAGGAAAGGGCCGCGUGACGUGACGCCACCGGUGACAUCCGCCAAAAUCGACCUUGACCUCGAGCAAGACGGCGAGUCCGACGACAAGGACGUUAGCGACAACGGGAUGCAUAAUGACACGCGGAAAAGACCCGCAGUCAGCACACUGGCCAUCUAUGGCUGGUUCCAUCGACACAGCGGCUACCUUUUCCUCCUCGCUGUCUUCCUCGCGUUUCUGCGAGCAGGACUACACGCUGCCGCCCCUCCUCCCUCUCCCACUCUCUCCGGUUCUGCCUCCUACCCGGCCUCGCUAGCCGCCCGCGCAAAGUCGUACCUCCUGCUUGGGCCCCGCUCCCAAAUCCACCCCAUUCCUGGGCUUAUGGAUGCUGCUGACGCGCGCUAUCGCGCCAAGCUUAGCAGACAAUCAACGACUCUCGCCGCAGCAGUUGCAGAGUACAAGAAGCGAUACGGGCGGCCACCUCCAGCUGGAUUUGACAAGUGGUACGCGUUUGCAAAGAAAGCGGGUUUCGUCAUGAUAGACGAGUUUGACGCGGUCGUUGAGGACUUGGAGCCGUUCUGGAGUCUCGCUGGAGAGGAAGUGCGAAGGAGAACUGAGCUUGUUGGCGCGCUUCCAAGCGUGGACGUUGUCAAAAUCAGAGGCGGCGAGGCGAAGGCGGUCAGUGGAGGAAAGGGCUUUGAUGACAGUGAGGCGGGGGCACGCGCGAAAGGAUUCAAAUCUAUGCUGGAACGCUUCGUUGUGGACCUACCAGAUAUGGACUUCGCAAUCAACGCGAAGGCAGAAGGACGCGUCGUUGUCCCAUGGGAGCAUAUAGCUCAUCCAAACCUCACUGAUUUUAAUCCCCCUUGGCCAUCUGCCGACUGGGCAGGUAAAGGCUCUGUCUGGGAAGCAUGGCGUCGAACAUGCCCACCAACUUCUCCAGCCCGUCGACUCUAUUCUUCGCUUGGAUCUGGUUGGGCGGGUACAGCUGGAGCCCGUGAUCGUCUUGCUGAGGGCUAUUACGCCUGGCAAGCUCGUUUGCUUGGCGGAGGAGGAGGAUCUUCGCCGAAAAAGGAGAUGGGGACAGCCAGCGGCACCGGCACUGGAAGCGAAUUCUCGUUCGCUCGGGAAACGGGUUCUCGGACUGUCGAUUUUUGCAAGAACCCUGGUCAACGAUAUGAACAGGGCCACUUUUUCUCGGAUUGGCGCACUUAUCCGUUAUUGGUGCCCAUCUUCUCGCCUGGUCGUGCUCAAGGCUUUGCCGACAUCAGAAUACCGAGUCAUUACUACUAUGGUGGUACUAGAAGAUACACAUAUGCUUGGGACCCAAUCAAUCUAGAGCAGCGGGUUACGGAUCCAAUGGAGGUACCUUGGGAGAAAAAACGAGAUGCUGUCUGGUGGCGCGGGGCGAGCACUGGUGGAGGAAGCAGUCCAUCUGGCUUUGGUCAUGGGUACCAGCGUCAUCGUUUUCUGCGGAUGUCCUCCGUUGGACAUGUACCCACCACCGGUGCGGAUGGUGAUAGGACGACGGCAGUGACUUUUGAAGUCAGUGACAAAUCGGCAGUCGAGAACGGAAAGCUUGAAUCAUCAUCAUUAUCCACGUCGGCGUCUACUUCUGGUGCUCCAACUUCUUCAUAUGUCGAUAAGGGUUUCCGGACCUCUCGCGUUCCACUCGCUCGCUUGAAUAAAGAGGUCAUGGAUGUCGCAUUCGUCAAGGAAGUCGUCCGUAUUGGUCCGGAGCAUCGUGUUGGGGAUAGCGUCGAGCUUGGAGUCAGUUGGGGCUAUAAAUAUCUGCUCGAUUUAGAUGGUAUGGGCUACAGUGGGCGGUUUAUGGCAUUUCUCGCCAGCGACAGUGUGCCGCUCAAAAACACUAUCUAUGACGAGUUCUUCAGUGGAUGGAUAGAGCCUUGGGUUCAUUAUAUCCCCCUCUCGACGUCCUAUUCGGAGGUGUACAACAUUGUGUCGUACUUUUCGGGACCAGCUCCCUCUGUCCUUGAUGCCGCUGGGUUGUCGAAAACACCAUAUUAUGGAGCUCCACCUUCGGGUGACUGGGAAGAUGAGGAGGACGAGGAGAUCGAGCCUGGCGACAAGCAACGACGGCAGUACGAGGUCCAGAGGCAGAUGAGCGUGGUCGACCCCGGAAGGAGUGUCGCUACUGGGGAGGGCGACAGACGGGCACGAAGGAUUGCGAGAGCUGGGAAGCAGUGGAAAGCGACAAUGGGGAGGAAAAUCGACAUGGAAGUAUAUGUGUAUCGACUGGCCAUCGAGUAUGCGCGAUUGUGGGCAGAUGACCGAGACCUCAUGAGCUAUACUGGGCCAUGA